ACACUAGAAAGAGGGUUAUUUUGGCGGUAAUUUGUGCUCAGUUUUAUUGGUGUUUUAUUUAUUUGUGUAGUUUAUUGUCGGCCAUGGGUAUCACGGGCCUGAUACCAUUCCUAGAGAAAGCAUCUAAGAAAUUGCAAUUAAAGGAUAUUCGCGGCUGCUCAGUUGCCGUGGACACAUAUUGCUGGCUCCACAAGGGUGUCUUCAGUUGCGCCGAGAAAUUGGCCCGUGGAGAGGAUACGGAUUUAUAUGUUCAGUACUGUCUUAAGUAUGUCCAGAUGUUAUUGUCGUAUGAUAUUAAACCAGUCUUAGUCUUUGAUGGACAACAUUUGCCAGCCAAGGCACUGACCGAGAAGCGGCGCCGGGAAAACCGUCAGCAGAGCAAGAAACGAGCUGCAGAGCUCUUACGUCUGGGACGGGUGGAGGAGGCUCGCUCCCAGAUGCGGCGUUGUGUGGAUGUCACCCAUGAGAUGGCUUUGCGGCUAAUUCAGGCCUGCAGAGAACGCAAUGUGGAUUGCAUUGUGGCUCCCUAUGAGGCGGACGCCCAAAUGGCUUGGCUAAAUAAGGCAGAGAUAGUCCAGUACAUAGUCACUGAGGACUCUGAUCUGACUCUAUUUGGUGCCAAAAAGGUCAUUUUCAAACUAGACCUAACAGGCAAUGGUCUGCUAGUGGAGGCAGAUAAACUGCACCUGGCCAUGAGCUGUCGCGAGGAUCGAUAUCAUUUUGACAAGUUUCGACGCAUGUGUAUAUUAUCAGGCUGUGAUUAUUUGGACUCAUUGCCCGGCAUCGGACUGGCCAAGGCAUGCAAAUUUAUACUUAAAACAGAACAGGAAGACAUGCGUAAAGCAUUAAAGAAGAUUCCACAAUAUCUCAAUAUGCGUAAUCUGGAGGUUGAUGAUGACUACAUUGAGAACUUUCUCAAGGCCGAAGCCACAUUUAAGCAUAUGUUCAUAUACAAUCCUCUGGAGCGUCGUAUGGAGCGACUCAAUGCCUUAGAGGAUUUCGAGACUGAUGUUAGCUUAUGCAGCAAUGCCGGAACAUUGCUUGCAGAUAGCCAAGAAGCCUACCAUUUGGCUUUGGGCAAUUUGAAUCCCUUCACGCUCAAGCGUCUGGACAAUUGGGAUCCGAUGAAAGACCAAGCCAAGCAGCCAACCGCAAAGCAUGUGAAACGUGCAAAACAUAAAAGUAUUUGGCAAUCUAAUUUUAAGCAUCAGGACACAAAGCCGGCGAAACAAGUUCAAACCUCUUGUGCCUUGUAUUUCAAAAAGGUCGAUUUCAAUGGUCCGACUAUAGAGGCGGAAAUGCAAGCCAAUCAGCGAUUGGAGGAGGCCAAGCAAACAGAAGCCGAAGUCUUUAGCAUAUACAGCUGCAAUCCAAAGCGAAGACGGAGAAGCAGUAGCAGCUCAUCCACAGAGGAGCGUCGUGAACACACACCACCAGCUUCGCCAGUGCAAAGUAAAAGUCGCCAUAAUCCCUUUGCCAAGGAAAUGAUGGUUAAGCAGCCAGGAUCUCCUGUGUGUGAAAAUAGUUCUCUACUGCGUUUACUGAGUCCCAAGAAGGGAAGUCCCAUAAGCGGUGAAAGAAGAUCCGGCGGUUCCGAUAUGCCGCGAGUGAAUGCUAUCAAGAGAAGCAUAUUUGUCAGAGAGCAGGUGGAAAUAAGAAGCCGCUUCUUUUCCAGCAAAACCGAUCAACCAGAUAAUGCUACUGAGGAUACGCAGAGGCUAGAUAUAAAUUCACCCAACCAAAAAUUGUUAGUACAAGACGAACAAGAAGAAAACUCCGAAACAAGCAAGCAAAACAAAUGUGAUGAAUCCUCCAAGAAGGAAGAUAACAAAGACCAAGAGGAGACUUGCUGUAAAAAGCCAAAAUUUGAAGCUUUAGAUGAAGUAACCGACUGCCCAGAGCCAUUAGAAGACAUUAUUUUACUAUCCGAUGAUGAUGGUUCCUCUAGAUCAGAACGACUAACCCCACCGAGUAGCCAGGAGACUGCCAGUUCGUUUUCUAGACAGUCAUCGGAGAAAUUGAAAAAUUUUGAACUGCCUCAAACUCGACGCGUGGGUCUAUCCAAGCCGCCCGCCAAAACUACCUCCAAAUCAACAACAAAGGCUGCCAAAUUAGCAUCAUCCACUGCCAUAGCAAGCCAAACGAAACUCAGCAUGUUUGGCUUUCAAAAGAGACCUGUGCUUAAGUGACAAGAUACUUAGAUUAAGUCUUAAUCUUAUUUUUUAUUGAAAUGGGCAAAGACGUUCCCAACUGCUCCGGCAACUGCUAUCUCAACAUUUAUUGUAAUAAACGCAAAACAUGUUAUUUAUCAAAGGCAAA